AUGUCUUUAAAAACAUUAUUAUUUAGGGGAAGUCUAAAAGGAAAUAAAUUUAUUAAUUUCGUGCCAAUUGUUGCCCGAAAUCAAUAUGAAAGGCGACAGAACAAUACAAGAAAGUUACUUGGAACAACAUCUGCUUUCAUUUUUAGUUCUGUUGCAGUGGGAUUGGCUAAUGAAAAAAACAAGAGUAAAGAAGAAAUUAUUGAAGCUGGAACAAAGAGACCUGAUCUACCAACAUACAGAGCUGAGGAAGUCAGCAAGCAUGACAGCAAAUCAAGUUUCUGGGUCAUCUACAAGAAUGGGGUGUACGACGUGACGUCGUUCCUGCCGUCUCACCCAGGAGGUGAACAGAUUUUAAACGCAGGCGGUUUCAGCAUUGAACCAUUCUGGAAUGUGUAUGGAAUGCAUAAAACUGCAGAGAUAUAUACAUUGUUGGAAUCGUACAGGAUCGGAAACCUUCACGAUGAAGAUGUAAUGGACCACAGUGAUCACGAAUUGUGGGUAAAAGAGCCGUAUAGAGACAAGCGAUUGAUUGUGAAGACUGCAAAGCCUUUCAAUGCUGAAAUACCACCCAAGGAGCAGGUUGAACAUUUUGACACACCUAAUGAAUUGUUCUACGUCCGUCAACACAUGCCGGUGCCAGAAUUGGAUGAAAAAACACAUUCAUUCAAAAUAUACGUCAAAGGGGUCAAUAAGCAGUUCGAAUUCAGUUUAUCAGAGCUGGACCGCUUUCCACGAGUUUCUAUUCGGGCUGCGCUCAUGUGCGCUGGAAAUAGACGAAGCGAGAUGAACAAGGUUAAGCCUGUAAAGGGGCUAAACUGGGCUGGUGGUGCCAUCAGUAACGCAGUGUGGACUGGUGUACGACUCCGAGAUGUGUUAAUACAUUGCGGCGUUGACUUAGAAGAUACGGAGGGGAAACAUGUCAUUUUUACAGGCGCAGAUAUGGACGCGACAGGCAUGAACUUCAGUACGUCGAUACCGCUCCACCAGGCGGUGGAUCCUCGCGCAGACAUAUUAAUAGCUACGCAUAUGAAUGGAGUGCCAUUACCGCCUGACCACGGUUAUCCCUUGAGAGCAAUAGUACCCGGUGCGCCGGCCGUACGUAGCGUGAAAUGGCUUGAAUCGAUAACCAUCUCCCGCGACGAAAGCCCUUCCCAUUGGCACCAGAAAGACUACAGAGGUUUCAAUCCAAGCAAGACCUGGGAAACGGCGGACUUCAGUACGGCUCCGCCUGUUUAUAGUCUGCCUGUUACCUCAGCUCUAUGUGACCCUGUUGAUGGCGACACUGUCAAUGUCAAAGGGGGCUGUGUCACUCUUAAAGGUUAUGCGUAUUCUGGAGGCGGAGCAAAAAUCUUAAGAGUGGAUGUCAGUAUGGAUCAAGGUCAAAGUUGGAUAGAAGCGGAAUUAAAAAGCGAUCCGGCACCACCGCGCCAACAUUACUCCUGGACACUCUGGAUGUUAAACGUUCCCGUGAAACGUGGAGACACUAAGAUGGAAGUAUGGGUGAAAGCAACAGAUAGCAACUUUAAUACUCAGCCAGAGAAAUUUGACGAUAUUUGGAACAUACGCGGCAUCCUUGGAAACGCCUACCACAAAGUUAAAUUUAAUGUUAAACAUAAUUAA